AUCGAUCAAGUUGUACAAGUAAACGCUAUAGUUUAGCAGGCCUCCAACUUUAGCAUCCUCAGACCCCUCCUUACACCGAUUGGCCAAUUGAUAUUCUUCCGCAAAUGUCUGGUCUACAAUCAAAUCCCCUCCUUUCGGAUCCAUCUAUCGUCCAAGUGUCCUCUAAUGAUCAAACAUCUAUAAAUAUUGCUGCCCAAAAUCAAACAACCUCCUUGGAACCUAGCAAUGUAUUGUCCCAGUUAUUAGACUCUGCUAUGUCCAAAGCAGCCAAGGAAACCAGUCCUGAGUUUGAAUUAAAGACAUCAUCCAGUUCUUCAAGCCCCAAAUCGGUGAAGUCAAAUAGGUAUGAGAUAAGUGCUACCAAGUCCAACUCUUCCCAAGUUUAUUCUAUCGACGAGCUUAUGUCUCUUAUCCCAUUAGCAGAUGCCACAAUAGCAGACCAACUCCCCCCUAAAGAGUUCUGGUGUUUGUUCCACGUCAAUAAAAAGCAGCACUUCCAGAAGGAAUUUGGAGGCAAACACAAUAAGAGAAAUAAUACUUUCAACAACAACAACAACAACAAUAAGAAAGAAUUUGAAAACAGAAAGAAGAAGCCCGACUCCAGUGACUUUUUCGGCGAUGAUGUGGACUCGGUACCUGAAUGGAAUGAAAGCACCGAUAUUGACAACAAGAUGAAGUUUGAGAUGGGUGACACCGUGGAAGAUUUCGAAAGAUGGAAGCAGUCUCAACGCCGCAAGAAUGACGCUUCUGAUAUAACUGCUGGUAAAGAGCCACCCAAACCCGAACCCCAGCAGCUUUCUAAUGAUGUGGACAACUUCUUUUCCUUUGUCAAGACCACAAAUACCACUGAUGAUAAGAAGAAUGCCCAAGACUCAUCUUCUAAAAGCUCCAGGUUUU